AUGAUCGCUUACACCAGGAUAUGCGUCGCGAUUGUGUCGUUUGUUUUGGUGAGUUUGGAGGGUGGAGCAAGAGAUACUAUAUAGUAUCUGAUUUUUGAGUACUAUAUAGUACGCGGUCUUUAUACUAGCCACAUUUUACGGCGAUAGGUAUGCUAAAGGUGUUUUAUUAGGUUGUCAAAAUAAUUCUGUACCCCUCACAAAGAAAAUUUUUGAAGUUAGGGGCACAGAAUUUUUGAACGACCUGGUAUAAAAUAGGGGUCGAAAAGUAAAUAGAAUGCUGUCAAAAAUUUUUAAAAAUUUAUUUUCAGUUAUGUAGUGCCUUGGUCAGUAGUGCUGUUGUAGUGCGUUUACCCAUUGCUCCAACACGAAAUGGUAAGUUUUUUCAAAAUUAAAAAAUUUAAGAUCGAAAGUUAAAUUUUUAAAAUCAAAUUUUUUUCAAAUUUUUUUCUAAAAAAUUUUCAAAUUUUUUUUCAGAUACUCGUAUUUUACAUUUAAAUUUAAUUUUUCAGCGAUAUUUUCAAAACGUGCAUUAGACGCGUUGGAAGGAGCAGACUUUGGACUAAAAAAACGGGCUUUAGACUCGCUAGAAAGGGAAGACUUUGGUCUAAAGAAGCGGGCGCUGGACUCGCUGGAAGGUGCUGAUUUCGGGCUCAAGAAACGAGCACUAGACAUGCUCGAGGGAUCAGAUUUUGGGCUCAAAAAGAGGGCAUUGGACUCGCUAGAAGGCCAGGACUUUGGACUAAAAAAGCGGGCUUUAGACUCGUUGGAGGGCGCGGAUUUCGGUCUAAAAGUAAGUGGAAUUUAAAGGAAUUUAGUAUUAUGGUAGUUUAUUUUAUGUGUUUUUAUAGAUAACAACCAUAACUGUCUAUUUCUCAUACCUAUUUCAAUAUAAUGUUCACCUUUUAACUUCAGAAACGAGCCCUAGACGCGUUGGAAGGAACCGGCUUCGGCUUCGACAAAAGAGCCCUAGACAUGCUAGAAGGCUCUGAUUUUGGCCUCAAAAAGCGAGCAUUGGACUCGUUAGAAGGUCAAGACUUUGGACUGAAGAAGCGAGCACUAGACAUGCUAGAAGGCUCGGACUUUGGACUAAAAAAGAGGGCGUUGGACUCGCUAGAAGGCGCUGACUUUGGCCUAAAGAAACGGUCGCCCAUCGCACGGUAUUAUGCUCGAGGUGAGUUGGGUCUUUUUGAUAUUUUUAUUUUGAAAAUUUUUGACUUUUUUUUACAUAAUGUACUUUAUAGUACUAUCAUUUACUUUUUAAAAUAUUAAAAAAUUAAAACAUUAUGGGUCUCACCACGAAAACCUUUUAAUCUUUUAAAAACUAACCAAAAAUAGUCGAAAAUAGGCCGAAUGUCAUUAAUUAAGAAACAAAAAUAGACCAAUUCCGUUACUUUUUACUGCCUUUUCGCACUCUUAAGCUAAAGUCUUGGCAAUGAGUCAAAAAACAUUUUUGAAGUUUCACAAAAUACGUCAUCAUUACUUAUUUUCUAAAGAAACCUAAAGGUUCAAAAUAAAAUUGCGGCAUCAUAGCUGCGUAAGUAAUCUUGUUAUACUUUAAGGCCGUUUUAUAGUAAAACUUUAAAGUACGAGUUAUUGAGAUAUUAUUGCCGCAAGGGAUUUUGGUUUUAAAACGGUAAAAUGGACUUACAUUGGUAGAAAUGAACUUUGAAUUGAUUGAAAUAAGCUUAAAAUGGCAUAUUUCAACAAAUUGUUAAAUUAAAAUGAACUUUUUCAAAAUUCAAUAUGUUAUAUUAUAGUAGGCCAGGAUGACCAGAAACCCCUUAAAAUAAAAGAAAAAACCUUGAAUUUGCAAAACCACAUACAUAACUUCAUAUAGUUUUAGCUGUCGACAUGAAAAAGCUGAACGAACUAAAGAAGCUGCUCGAAGCCGAGCUCCGACGUCGCUUCGAAAAGGAAAACGAUGCCUAA